AUGCCGGUUGGACAGAGGCGACUCCGGGAUGCUGGCAUUCUAGGCAGAGUUGCAAAGAAAAAGCCAUAUCUCAGACUGGCCAAUAAAAAUAAAAUAUUAAAAUGGGCAAAAGAACACAGAUACUGGACAGAGGAACACUGCCUAGAAGGCCAGCAUCCCGGAGUCGCCUCUUCACUGUUGACGUUGAGACUGCUGUUUUGCGGUCCUUUUCACAUAAAAGGCACUUUUCUUCUACCUGUUGCAGCAUGUGUGUUGAUAAGAGUCUCUGUCACUGACAUCUAUCUCUUUUUUCUGUCUCCUUCAGGAUUGAAGACCUACCUGAUCUCAGGGAGGAAGGUGGAGCCGUGCCACUGUAGCUAUUCCCAGCUGGGCCUGGCUGGCCUGGAUCCUGGAGGGGACAUCCACUGUGCCACACCCUGUGCCCACACCCCAGAUGGACCCCCCAGAGCCCCCUCAGCGUGUGGCCUACCCCAGGGAGGGGCUUCCGACAGGGCCAAGUCUCCCUGUCUCUCCUGCAGUGCGGCUGUAGUUCCAGAGGAGGAUCAGGUUCUGGAGAAGGGCACGGUGCAGAACGGUUGCCAUGACGAUCACACAACCAAUAGCAGCAAGGACACCUCAUCUCUCAAAUGUCCCUCCCAGGCCCCCGUAGGCCGCAGCCCUAAGGCCCUGAACGGUCUGCUGAGCCCCAGGCUGGAGGAGCCCCUGACCAACAGCCAAACGUCCCUGUGUGAGAUGCUCCAGGAGAAGGAGAAGAAGUGGGGUGGAGGGGCCAUGGGGAUGGACCACUCUGCUCUCAUCCCCCUGCGCUCCAAGAACUUCAGAGAGAGGAGCGACGCUCACUUUGUAGAUGUUAUCAAAGAGGACAGUCUGAUGAAGGACUACUUUUUCAAGCCUCCCAUCAACAAGCUGAGCCACACCUUCCUGGACAAAACCCUGGAGUCUGCCUACAGGACUAGUUACCAGGAAGAGGUGGAGACCCAGGCAGCGGUACAGACCUUUGCCAGCCCUACCUUCAGCUCUUUCCUGGACAUGGUCCUGUGCUGCUCAGUGUUCCUGGCCCUCUCCCUGGCCUGCCUCCUCCGUCCCCUGCUCUCUCUCCCUGGGGCCCCCCUGCCUGCCCCGGCCCUCGCCCUGGUUGCCGUGGCCGCCUUGCUGGAGGCCCUGGCGCUGGUGCUGUCAAUACGGAUGGCCUUCUACCUGGACAGUGUGAUGAGCUGCACUAGGACCCUGCUGAAAGCCAUCUCUGGCUGGGUCCCCCGUCACCUGAUAGGUGCCGUGCUGGUGUCCCUGCCCGCUGUGUCCGUCUUCUCACACGUCACCUGUGACAUGCACCUCUCCAUACAGUUCACCAUGCUCACCUGCUGUGCAGUGAUCAUUGCCAUCAUCCAGUACUGUAACUUCUGCCAGCUGAGCUGCUGGAUGCGCUCGGCCAUGGCCACCGUGGUGGGACUGGUGCUGUUCGCCCUGCUCUUCAGCCCACCCUGCAGUUCUACCAACAGUAUGUUAUUUUGGUCUGGCAACGCCACCAACAACAGUAACCGCAGCAGUCUUGUACAUGGUCAGCCUGAGCCCGCCGCUGACCUCGUGCCCCGCCUCCAGGACCUGCUGGGCCCCGAGGUGGGAGUGGCUUUCUUCCUGCUCCUCCUGCUCGUCUGGUUCCUCAACCGCGAGUUUGAGGUCAGCUACCGCCUCCAUUACCACGGCAACGUGGAGGCCGAUCAGCACCGCAUCAAGAUCCAGAACAUGAGGGACCAAGCCGAUUGGUUGCUUAGGAACAUCAUCCCCAUCCACGUGGCAGAGCAGCUCAAAGUGACUCAGAGUUACUCCAAAAACCAUGGUAGCGUUGGCGUGAUUUUUGCCAGUAUCGUUAACUUUAGCGAGUUCUAUGAGGAGAGUUACGAGGGUGGCAAAGAGUGCUACCGCGUGCUCAACGAGCUCAUCGGUGACUUUGACGAACUGCUUCGUGAGCCGCCCUUCAACAACAUCGAGAAGAUCAAGACCAUCGGCGCCACGUACAUGGCGGCGGCCGGGCUGAACGCGCAGCAGUGCGCCGAGGCGCCGCACCCGCACGGCCACCUGCGGGCGCUGUUUGACUUCGCACUGGAGAUGAUGCGCGUGGUGGACGACUUCAACAAGAAUAUGCUGGGCUUCAAGUUCAAGUUGCGCAUCGGGUUCAACCACGGCCCUUUGACCGCAGGGGUGAUCGGCACCACGAAGCUGCUCUACGACAUCUGGGGCGACACUGUGAACAUUGCCAGUCGCAUGGACACCACGGGCGUGGAGUGCCGCGUGCAGGUGAGCGAGGAGAGCUACUGCGCCCUCAGUGCCAUGGACUACAACUUCGACUACCGCGGCACAGUCAACGUCAAGGGCAAAGGUCAAAUGAAGACAUUUCUGUUCCCCAAGAGUGCAGACAGUGGUGCCCCCGUUCCCCAGUACCUGCUCUCCGUCUCACCAGAGAUCCGGGUGCAGGUGGAUGGGAGUAUCGGGCGCUCGCCAACGGAUGAGCUCUCUAAUAUGGUGCCUAGCUCCAUGGCUGGCGUACCCAGUAUCACCAGUCCCUCGCUCAGCUCUGGGGUGUCCACAGGUCUGCUGCGGCCUGAGAGGGGGGUGGUGGACGCUGGAGAUAGGCCAGACAGUCGGCAACAAUACUACUGUAGCCCUACUACUACAGAGACCAUCGCAGCCAGACGCUCCUCCUCAUCAUCCUACGUUGGUCUAGCCUCCAUGCCUAUCACUAGUCAAGCUGGAGCUACUUUGACAGUCCAUCAACCAAAUCUACCCAUCACUAAUAAAGGUGAAACUCCUUCAACCAACGUCCAACAACCAAAUCUGCCCACCACUAGUCUAGCUGGAGCUCCUACAACAAACGUCCUCCAACAACCAAAACCUGUGGCGCCUGCCUCCCUCCAGCCUCUCUCCCCUCAGAAUGCCACAGCAACUGAGUCACGGAAGCAGGUGGAAAAAGAGAAAGAGGAGAAGGACGAUGAUGACAUUAUUGGCGAGCUAACGAAACUCUAAGACUGUUAUGUCUGCGAUAGUUUUUUGCAUUAGCCUUCAGCCCUUUAAGCACGGCCUUUCUUGCAUUCCUGCCAGUUGAAGCUUAUUAUGGAACAGUCAUAUGUGACGAGAAGGAGGUAGCACCUAAAUGGCAGACUGUAAGAAACCAGUUUCUGGCUCCUCAGUUGUCAAUUCUUCUCCAGGUUCGGGCUCAUUAGGACACGCCUUUGUAAAUCUUUUUGCAACUGUAAGCGAAAAUUAGCGUUUCUUAUUGAACAAGUUCAGAUACUAGGUCUGUUUUCUUCCCGCUCAUGUCCACUGAACACGACCGAUGUAUCUGGUGGGCACAGUAAGAGUGAAUAAGAAGAUAGGGAAAGUACGAUGGGCGCUAUUACUGAACUUAUGUUGCUAUAGAAACCCAGCCUCCUAUGAUCUACUUGAUUCUCACUAACAUCUUUAGUCUUUUUUUUGUUGUAUGUUUUUUUUCCUUUUUUUUCUCGCCUUUGUUUUUUUAAUGCCUUGAUUAAGUGCCUUUAGCACAAAAUAAUGUGUAGACCAAGCUGAUCUGGACAAGGAAAGAAGAAGAAACAUAAAGGGAAAAGACAACUGGGAAAGACUUCUACACUACAAAACUGUGAACCUUAUGUACAUUUUAAGGCAAAAGCUUGGUUUCUGUCAGUUUGUUACAGUUGUCUUUGGUCUGUGUUGCUUUUAUUACUGUAGUUAAGGAGUUUACAAGAAUCGGAGCAAUAAGGAAUGCCACAGUGAAGAGUGAAUGAUGGGUUACAAAUGGGGAAGCAAGAUGGAGUCGUCUUUUCACAGUGAAUCACUUGAAAUUGUCUAAGAAAAGCACAGGCCUCGCACAGCGCUUUCAGACAAACCUACAACAAUAUCUAGAACAUCAGUCGGAAGGCUUGACUGUGUGCUUGUGUCUGUGUGCUACACUACAGUAAUAACUGCCGUCCACGGCCUCAUGUGGAGAGGUGGCUGUAAGUUGUCAUUCUGCAACUGAUGAAACCGUGGGAAGAAGGUCGAGAGUGGGAUUAAGAAAUAAUGAAAUCCCUCUUGCUGAUGUGGUAUCUGUUCUCCUGGCCCUGGUUAAAAGUAAGGACCUCUUUCUUACCAGCCUCAAGCCGUCAACUAGACCUUGGUAAUAGUAAUUAGGGCUGAAUCCUAACUCCCACUUAAGUCUGUUUUAUGUCGAGGUCUCCCAUUGACAUUAAUGCAUGACUAAGUGAAAAUGUUUAAGCUAGGACUUGACGCUAACUCUUUAACAUAUCAUUAAUUAGCUUCAACUGCACAUUAGCUCUGCAAGUCUAUAAAGCUAACUUUUAGCACCACAGGUUGGUUCAUGUGCCAUAACCUCUUCCUAGUCUUUACAGGAAUGCAAUGUGCUGUUAGGCUACCGUUGUUGAGGUUUGAAGUGCACCCCUCUAGGUAGGCCUCCUAAUAGGUUGUUUCUAUAGAACGUGCUGGUUUGCUUACAAUACAGUUAUCUGCUAAAACUGUUACAUGUGCGUCACGUACAUAUCAUGUGGAAUAGGCAAGAGCACAAACAGAUUAACCUGAGUUAAUAUGUUGAGUGAUCCAGUUUAACGGAAUGGUAGAUUGGUAUAUUGACCUUCAAAUAGGACUUGAUAUGCUAUCGCCACGCCCCACUCCUGUUACCGUCCGGCUAUUUAGAAAUACAUGCAAGGGGGAAUGCACCCGAUUCCUCGUUACAGCAUUCCUGCCAAAUUAGAUCCUGGAUAAUAAGGGACAUUUCUAACAUGCGUCAUGUAAACAACAUAUAGAAAUAAACAUGUAAAGUGUGCAUGUUCAGUGCUACAUAUUUUCCUAUGUGUUUUGUGUGUUUGUUUUGUGUGUUUGUUUUGUUGAAGUUGAGAUCUUGUUGUUUUCUUUUUAUAUAUAUAUAUAUAUGUGUGUACUGUAUGCAUUGUUUUAUCAGACCCUUUCUUGAGAGAAUUGAGUAUGGUAAACUGUACAGUGCAUUUCCUCCAACUGCAAGUCUAAUCAUCCCUGUCAUUUUCUCUCUGUUAUAGUAAAAGGGCUUGGGUGCUCGGGAGAAAUAACAAAACAAGUAAUGGUACUACUAGGUUUCCAUCCAAUUGGCGACAGAUUUUCAUGCGAAUAUUCUAAAAUCUACAUAACGAAAAUAUGCACAUUUUUCCACCAGUGGUGUGUUUCCACCAAACGGACUUGUUGCGGAUAAAAAUCAGUGCAUGAUGACAUAGAGCACACAAAAUGUACUUUUUCACUUACGUUUUCACGUACCAAAUAAAAAUCUAAAGUUCAGUGUGUUUCCAUUCCAUUUUCAACUCUACCAAUAGUUUUGCUAUAAAAAAACUGUUGGGUAAAAUAGCAAAUGUGCCUACUCUGGUCUUGGUACAUGUGCUCUAGCCAACAGCUCGCAGAUACAAUGAGGAUAGGCUCGUUUACAUAAUGAGAUUAUUAUGGAUAAGAGCGAGUAAAUGUGUAUUUUUCAAACGGCAGCCAAGCAUGGAUCAACAUGUCACCAGAAUCAGACCCUGGAGAUUUAUUAGAAAGGAGCAUCAAGGUCACUGUGCACUUUCACCACCCUGUCAAGUUCAUCAGAAGUUAGGCCUAUUUCAUAUGUAGCCUUAUAAACUGCUUAUCAUUGCGUGACUCAAGGUUUACUUCGAUAUGAUUAUUAUAUGAAUAUUUACCUUUAAAGGCAUUUCCACUGCCAUUUCUCACAUAAUUGAUAAAAAAUUUACCAACACAGAAAGAUCCCCACCCCGUCGAACAAACAAAUUAUCUUUCGCCAUUUAUAAAAUUGUACCGAAACUUCCUGUUUCCAUCACAGAUGUUGUGAUUUAAAUUUUUUUAUACGAUAUGACUUUACUCACAUAAAAACUGGGGAUGGAAACGUUUAUAUUAUUUUUGACCUCAGACAUACUUUGAAACCUCAAAGGUACAAUAUCAAAGCAUUCUGAAUUAGGAGUAUAACUUGGGAAGUAAAUGAUCAUAGUAAAAGACUCCAAAGCAACAUGUUUUAGUUUAGUAAAGAUGGAGAUACUCAGGAUAUCCCAGCAAUCAUUUGGGUUUUAAAUGCAUCUUUCAACUUUCAGCACUUAAGUUUCUCUUUUGUAGUGCCAUAAUUUGUUUUACUACAGGUUCCUUGUGUGUACUGCAAGAGUUUGCUAGUAGUGCCUUUUCAGUCAUAGAAAAAUCCUCUCUAAAUCAACUCUUAUAUCAUUUAAUUAAGAUUGCCACGUUUUGUUUUCUCAAACCUCCUUGAAUAUACAUUUGUUUGGCUUUUUUACAUGUGCACAUAUUUUUCUCAUCCAAGUUCUUUGAACUUUUUAUAUGAAUUUGACAUGUGCCUUUUCUACUACAUAACCUGCUGAGCAAUUGUUUCCAACAUGUAGUAUCACUGAUAUGAGUAUGAAAUUCAAUAUUGCAGUUCAUUGUCACUUUUUGGUACACAGCUGCCACUUAUUUGUUUUGAUGUGGAUUUAAAAACAGGGAAUAACAAAAAUGUAGUUUUGCUUUGUUUGACUGGAUAUUGUUGUACUGUGUAGAAUUGCUUGAAUGGGGUUAGGCCCAUUUUAAGUGCAUUAAUCUACAAACGGGAUUGUUUUCAAAUUGUCAAAUGUAUUCUUGCCGAUUAUGAGCGUGCAACCCUUGUUGUAACCUACCCAAAUUGCAUUGAUUACAAUAAAGGGACAUAUUGGAAACAAUCAGUUUAAAUAAUAAACUUCACACAGUGUUAUGUUGCUAAAUGUCCCAAGGAAGGGGAAUCUGCAUAAUUGAGGUCUGGACACAUGAAAGGAAGACAAAACCCAGAUAUUAGCUACAACUUAUCUUAUUGCUUUUGAGAAACUCUGCUUAUCAACCUAUGGAUUCCUGGUGUUUUAUCGUGUUGAUGCUGGAUAAGUAGCGUUCUUUAGAAAGCAAAGGGAAAUAAAUAGUUGAAUUUAAGGCUAACUCUUAUAGAGGUGUUGGAGCUCAAAUCUUAUGCCCAAUUCAGUCCGAACCGUACUGUGAUGAUGGCUCUAUUUUCAUUUCACACUGCAACUGUGGUGAAUGUGUUACCGAACCAGCUCAGUACAGCUCGGUUGGGCUCAGUAGUGUGAAAAAGCUAUUGUGUUCCCUACUUCAAAAAAAGCUUUGUUUUUUUUGUACUAACUUGCCUUCAUUGCAAAAAGGACUUCAUGAAAUGACAAUGGGAUUGAAACGUUGUGAACUAACAGAAUGGCACAUUGAGACUGGUUUUGAUGCCAACUAUAGAUGUCAUUGAUUUGAUGUAUGUUUGGCCUUAUUUCCCCCUCUUUAAUUAGCUUGUCGUGCACAUUGAUGACAGGUUGUUUCUAUACUCACUAGUACGAUAUGUAUGCAGUAUGUAUACAUUUUGCACAAAGCACUCACUCUGUAUGUACAUAUGCAUUUUAUAUUUUGUAUUAUUUAUACAGGUGCCAUUGUUGAAGGGUUGAGGAAUACAUGGAAGGUUAGAUAAAUGUUAGAACACACAAUUAUGUCCAAAUGUCAUGUUUGCCUGCAUGUAUAGUAUGUGUGUGUACCUACCUGUACGAAUGUUUGUGUAACUGUAUGAUUGUGGGAGAGGGAUGCUCUAACUUACCACAGUAGGCCUAGGAUUGUGUGCUGCCUGAACUUGUCCAUUUCUUUCCACCUCAGUAUGUCAAAGUCAAUUUACAUUUGAGUAAUUUAGCAGACACUCUGAUCCAGAGCAUACAUUUUCUCCAUACUGGUGCCCCGUGGGAAGCGAACUCACAACUUGGCAUUGCAAGCACCAUGCUCUACCAACUGAGCCACAUGGGACACUGACAAUGACCUAUAAGGACAUUUUCCUGCCACCACUACUUCUAUAUAGGCCUAGGCGACAGAUCUCUCCAUCCUAAGGGAUCCCAUGGUAUUCCCCCAUGAGUAGCCUGGUUGGUCUCAGAUUGGUUUGUGCUGUUGGCAGCUCCUAUGGUCAAUGUAACAGCAAAAAAUGACCAUAGGAGUUGACGAGACAGUGCAAACAGAUCUGGGACCAGGCUACAUCAUCAACACCCUGCAAGGUAAAAUCACACUGCUAGAUUUCUGUUAAUGUUUUCAGACCCUGUUUCAUAUAAGCCUACUGUACAGUUGUGGCUGGUAGAUCUUUGGCCUCCCUCCCACUGUAUUUUAUAUAGCCUAUAGCACGCUGCAUUUUUGGAGGGGUCCGCAAAUGAAGGUAAAAAAAAAAAUGAAUAAAGUGAUUUUUUUCUGA